AUGAGAUUGCAGGUUGGCUGGGUUAACGAGUCACGGCGACCCCAUACUGCGGACUCCAGGAGCAUGGUUCAUCCUCGGUUAUCAAUCUUGGUAGCGUCCCCUUGCACAAAAAUUCCUCAGAUGCUUCUCUAUAUAAUUGCCCGUACGAUCACACGUAUAGCUGGGCAGAGCCUACGCAGGUUUCGAGCCAUGUUCCUCGGUACUUGA